AUGCUCAGCUGUGCGCGCCAUUCCUCUCGCAUUGAAUUCCACACUGCAAGGGUAUCACUAGGUGGAUUCACACCUCUGAUUCUGUCUUUCCCUCCUUUGGCUGUGGUUUUCUAUCCUUCUUGGGCUUCAGGAUCGUCAUUUGUGCUCUUCCGUUGGCCUGGCGCGACCAAGCUCCCAUUGCUCCGUGCAUUGGCAGCGGUUCGCUUGAUCAAUUGGACCAGUGACGGAGGGCUCUAA